AUGCUCUCGAAGAGCGUGCGGACUUCAACCUCGGCGGUCGCCUGCUCGCGGCGAGGGCCUCCGCGCCUGUCAGGAUGUCGAUGGAGGCGCGCAGGGGCCGCCCGCGCGAGGCGGGCGACGCCGGUGGCCGGGAGGGCGACGACCAUGAAGUCGGGAGGGGGCGUGAUGGACAGGCCCGCCGUAGCGAAGCCGGGAGUCGAUCGGAAGUCUGGCACCGUGAAGAAGCGGCCACCUGUGUAUCGGGUCAUCUUGCACAAUGACAGCUUCAACAAGAGGGAGUAUGUGGUCCAAGUCCUGCUGAAGGUCGUCGAUGGGCUGACUGUCGAUGAUGCAGUCAACGUGAUGCAGGAGGCGCACAUAAACGGACUGGCCCUGGUGACGUGCUGUGCCCAGGAGACUGCGGAGUCCUACUGCCAGGCCUUGAGGAACAACGGCCUGACCGUGACAAUGGAACCCGACAGUGGGCCCUUUGGACCGGGAAGCUGA